AUGCUGUUUUCUUGGCUUUUUAUUUAUUGGUUUUUACAGAUGCCAACUUUUAUCUGGAUCAUUGCAACCCCUUCCUGUCUAAGUGAAACGAAACACCAUUUAUACCAUGAUGGGACUGUGAUAAUUGGUGCAUUUUUCCCUAUUUUUUAUUUAUACCCACUGAAAGAAAGAACAAAUUGGGAAUCAUUAUCUUUUGAUUUAGAAAAUGAUUUAAGGAUCAAAGGACAAAACUACCAGCUUGUUUUAGCCAUGUUAUUUGCCAUCAAUGAGAUCAACUGGAACUCCCAUAUCUUACCAAAUACCUCUCUGGGACUUGAGAUUUAUACUCUGCCACAUUAUGAAAGGAAUGUUUUGAGGAGUGUACUCUAUUGGCUCACAGGCUUGAGCACCUUCAUCCCUAACUACAGCUGUAGAGAAGAAAGCAAAUCAGUUGCUGCACUUACAGGAAUAUCAUGGAAAAUAUCUGAAAAUAUUGGGAGAUUGCUGAAUCUUUACAAAUUUCCACAGCUUGCUUUUGGGCCUUUUGAACAUUUUCUGACUGACAGAAGGCAGUUUCCAUCUCUGUACCAGGUGGCCCCGAAAGAAGAAGCAUCACUAUUUUAUGGUAUUGCCGUUUUGAUGCUUUAUUUCAACUGGACCUGGGUGGGAUUGCUCAUCACAGAUGACCAUAGUAGUAUUCAGUUUAUAUCAGACUUAAGAAAAGAGCUGGACAAGAAUAAGCUAUGCAUAGCUUUUGUGAGUACAGUAUCAUUAAUAGGGGAAGCAGUAUAUUAUGUGCCAAAUGAUUUUUGGGUGCAUAUUCUGGAGUCAUCAGCAAAUGUGAUCAUAAUAUAUACAGACAUUGCUUUUUUAUUUUUUAAAAUAGAAAAUAGCUAUAGAAAGCACAUACUGAGAAAAGUUUGGGUCACAACCUCAAAAGUACUUGGCUCAAAAUUUAGAGAAUACAACAUGUUAAAUUUAUCCCAUGGGAUUCUUACUUUUUCACCCCAUCAUGGAGAGAUUCUUGGUUUCACAAAUUUUAUGCAGGAAGCUACACCUAUCAAGUACCCUGAUGACAGUUUUCUUCAUGUCUUGUGGAACUGGUAUUUCAACUGCCCACUUUCACAUUCUGAUUGUAAAAUCCUUGAAAACUGUAUGCCCAAUGCCUCUUUGGAAUUGUUGCCAGGGAAAAUGUUUGACAUGGUCAUGUCUGAAGAGAGUUACAAUGUAUACAAUGCUGUGUAUGCCAUUGCCCACAGUCUCCAUGAGAUGCUUCUCAAUCAAUACCAAAUUCAACCUCAGGCAACCCAAGACAGGAAUACAUUAUUGCCCUGGCAGCUUCACCCUUUUCUGAAGAAUAUUCAAGUGAAAAAUUCUGCUGGUGACCAUGUGGUCCUAGACUGGAAAAGGAAGGCAGAUCCAGAGUAUGAUAUCACCAACCUUUGGAAUUUCCCAACAGGUCUUUCACUAUUUGUGAAUGUUGGUACAUUUACUCCAUUGUCUCCCCAGGGUCAACAACUGUCAUUAUCUGAAUAUAUGAUUCAAUGGCCCAUAGGAUUUACAGAGACCCCUCAGUCUGUAUGCAGUGAGAGUUGCAAUCCUGGAUUCAGGAAAGUUGUCCUGGAGAACAAGCUUGCCUGUUGCUUUGACUGCACUCCCUGCCCAGACAAUGAGAUUUCCAAUGAGACAGAUAUGGAUCAGUGUGUGAAGUGUCCAGAAACUCAUUAUGCAAAUGCAGAGAAGAGACACUGCCUCAAGAAAACUGUGACAUUUCUGUCCUAUAAUGAACCCUCAGGGAUGGGACUCACAAUCAUGUCUGUGGGAUUCUCUGGACUCACAGCCCUUGUGUUUGGGGUCUUUGUAAACCACAGAAACACUCCAAUUGUGAAGGCCAAUAAUAGAUCUCUCAGUUACAUCCUGCUCGUCACUCUUACCCUCUGUUUCCUCUGUCCUUUGUUCUUCAUUGGCUUUCCAAACACAGCCACAUGUAUCCUUCAGCAGAACGUAUUUAGACUCCUAUUUACAGUGGCUCUAUCUAGUGUGUUGGCCAAAACCAUCACUGUUGUUAUGGCCUUUCAGAUUACUGCUCCAGGAAGAAAGACAAGAUGGUUGCUGAUAUCACGGGUCCUGAAUUUCAUCAUUCCAGUUUGUACCCUGAUGCAAGUUCUUUUUUCUGGUGUAUGGCUGGUUACAUCUCCUCCAUUCGUUGAGAUGGAUGCUCACUCUGAACAUGGACACAUCAUCAUUCUAUGCAACAAGGGUUCAACUCUUGCCUUCUAUGGCACUUUGGCCUACUUGGGAGUCUUGGCCUUUAGUAGCUACUUCCUGGCUUUCUUGUCCAGGAAUCUGCCUGACAUAUUUAAUGAAGCCAAGUUCCUGGCUUUCAGCAUGUUGGUGUUCUGCAGUGUCUGGGUCACCUUCCUCCCUGUCUACCACAGCACCACAGGGAAGGCCAUGUUGAUUAUGGAAAUUUUCUCCAUCUUGGCUUCCAGUGCAAGCCUUCUAAGCCUAAUCUUUGUUCCUAAGUGCUACAUUAUUUUGUUCAGGUCAGAGAAAAACACACUUCAUCAAAUCAGGAGUAAAAGACAUCAAAGGAGCAAAAAUUUACUUAAAACAUAG